AUGAAAAGUACUGGGCCUUAUUUAAUGCCUUCGUCGUCAUCUGUAAGUUUACAUCCGAGUAGCUUUACUUCAAGUCAAUUGAUUGACUUGACGCUGGACGACGAAGAGGACGAGAUUAUGGAACGUCAAGUGGCUCAGGAGUCAGUUGAAAAUAAGUCGACUACAAUCUCUUCUUCUUCCAAUACAAUCAAGUUGAAUUCGCUUGAUGGGAUUGGUAACGAGUCUGCAACGGUGGUACAGUUGGUGCAACAAGACAAAGAAACGUCGGAGAUGACGGUACCGCUGGUGGAAGAUAUCGAGUCGGAUGUGGAUGAAGAGUGGCCACACAUUUCUUCUAAAGUGGCGCUGUCUGCAGCUCUAUCGGUAAAUGACAAUACGUCUCACCACCAGAUGCGAAAGAACAUGGGGGCGCUAUUGGAUGUCAUGAGCCAGACAAUCUCGCCUUUUCAUGAUGGACAAAAACACAAAAGCGUUUGGGAAGAGAUUCAUCAAGUUGAAGUGACUCGUCAACAGACGCUCGCACUGCCUCUGUAUGAAGGUAUCGAUGAUAUAAUGAAGGUACAUCUCGAUGAAGAACUUUCAAACAAAGCGCCACAAGCUAAUGCUGACGUUCCAAGCUUAUCUACCAUAGCGGAUCAAACUGGUGAAAGUCUUGAAGAUGGAGAAAUUUUUGAAGAAGGUGUAGCCUUGAAGCCAAUGAUACAAGAAUAUAUGUCAGAUCACCAUUGCGAAAGCAUACAAAAGCGACAGGUGAAUGCAACGGGAAUUCGAUCGCAUCUGCGAAGCAGAAAGCAGAAAAAACGUGGAAAAAAAAAGGCUAAACGGAAGGUGGAAGCGAUGCAGGCGAUGCAUGCCCCACCAGGUCGAGUUAAUUCCGAAUUUAAGCGGACAAUACGCCAGCAACCAUUCGCGGAUGAUCUGCCACCGUUUGCAAUGAUGAGGAAUGGCCCAAGAGGCGAGCCAAUGAAUAUGCGUCCUGUUUUCCAAGAUGCUCCCCCAGCUUUGUUUUGCGCUGGUGGUCUCCCAAGUGCCGUCCCACACCCACCACUUAGACCUCCGCUACAGCAACGACCAGCUGCUUCACUACCACCAUCGUACGAAGAUAGCCAGAUUCUACGCGUUAAUCGUCAAGGUGGUAUGGAGAUGAUCGGUGGUGAGGCUGAACUGUCCCUCCUUUCGGCGUCACCGAUUACCGAGGGGUUUCAGUACCAUUCGUUGUCGGUGAUUCCACCACCAUCCAUGCCUAAUGGACCAGGUCUUCCACUGCAACGCUCUGUAGGGGGGCGUGAUGAGUCCGUGGACUUUGAUCUUGACAGCCUUCGAGCGGCUGCGCUUCGUACCAAAAUAAAGCGCUCCGUAAAGAAAAUGGACCGGACAACCACAAUAGUAACUUCUGUGCAGUCUUCUCCAUCGUCUUCGCGAUCUGUUCAAACAGCAGCAUACAGCGAGGAGAAAAAAAGGAAGCCUGUGAGCCCUGAGAUUGAUGAGCUGCGCUUCGAUAUCUUGCGAUCCAUGAAGAGAAACCGGAACCGAACUGCCAGCAGCAAGACACGAAGCAUUUCGCAAUCAACGCCGCAAGGUAUUGAACUAAGCUUAAUUGAAAGACCUGAUGAGAGCAGGAUGAAAAAAGCCGCCCAGAGCAAUCCUUCAGGUGCCCAAGCAGCCUCACAAAAUUUGUCGGAAUGUACGCUGAUAAGUAGAUCUACUGAUGCUGAUCGCAUUGGAAACGAUUGGCCUUCUAGCAAAAUUGGUAAGUCAUUAACGCCUGAACAAGUUGUUUCCAAGAUGGAGGUAUCUAAGUUGGCUACGACUUCAGAGAAAACAAAGCCUUCCACGGAUUUUGCCGUGUCAACUUCAGAGUUUCGCCCUCUGACAGCAAGCUCUCAGUCUGUAGUGAUUCAACUCACCCCCAAUGACUUUUUGCCACGGAAAAGUGGAGACAAGUUUACGCAAGAAGCUACAUCGUCCAGCGGUUUGCGAGAUGCAAUCAAGCAAAUGAGACGAAAGAUUGCUGAACGCGAACAACAGAAGCAGACAAAACAUUUAUUGGUGAGCACCGCAACUGAACUAUCAAAGCAAUCUUUCGGGCCUCCACCAAGCUCAGCAUUGUCGUCACCGAGUUUGAAAAACAAGGCGGGAGGUGCAUGUAUUCAAUGGCCAAGUGCUCCAUCAGCACGUCCUGGGAUAAGUUCGCCUUGCACCGAAAGACUUAUACAACCAGCGGCAGGAGCAAAUGUUGAUAAACAGAUCUGUGCGCAAACUGAAGCAAAUCAAGAAAAGGAGAAAGUGACGAAGGAGGUAUUAUCGUCGCCACUUGAAAUGUUAUCAUCGGUGAAAUCAGCGAUAUUGGCAGCAGGUCGAGAAUCUUUCUCGAAACCAACGUUGGAGCCACAAUUACGAAAUGAUAUAUCUAAGGGCAUUAUGACGCUGACAAUCGCUGACGGUGUAGUAGCGGAGACACUAUGUGGUAGUAUCACUGAAAGACUAGUUUUGAACGAUAAACCAGUUUCUGAAAUUGGUUGUGACUUCGAUGCAAUCCAAGCGGAGUACCAGCAAUGCGUGGUCGAGUGCGAGGAAGCUGAGGUGCAUAUUGCACGCUUGUCGGUUGAAAUGGCUCAGCUUGAAAAACAGUUGCCUCCUGCUUAA